AUGUUGCAAGAAGGCCUCCCAGAGAGCGUGGUCCAGGCUCUCCUGAGGCCCUCGCACAUCAGUGAGAGGCUUGUGGGUCUGCAGGUGAGGGGCUCCGACUUCACACUGGGGAACACGCCUUUCCUCAUCCUGUCGGGCACCAUCCACUACUUCCGCGUGCCCCGGGACUACUGGAAGGACAGCCUCCUGAAGCUGAAGGCCUGCGGCUUCAACACCGUCACCACGCAUGUUCCUUGGAACCUUCAUGAACCAAGAAGAGGCCAGUUUCACUAUAGUGGAAACCUGGAUUUGAUGGCUUUCAUAUCCUUGGCGUCAGAGGUGGACCUGUGGGUCAUCCUGUGUGUUGGCCCCUACAUCGGGAGCGACUUGGACCUCGGAGGCUUGCCCAGCUGGUUACUCAAGGAUUCUCAUAUGAAGCUGAGAACAACUUACAAGGGUUUCACAACAGCAGUGAAUCACUAUUUUGAUGACCUGAUUCCCAGGAUUAGAGGAUUCCAGUUCCACGAAGAGGGAUCCAUUAUUGCCGUGCAGAUGGAGAACGAAUAUGGUUCCUAUAAUCUGGAUAAAGGAUACAUGCCGUAUAUUAAAAAUGCACUGCUGAGCAGAGGGAUCAAGACGAUGCUCCUGACUGCGGACACGGGCCAGGGACUCCUGAAGGGACACACACCAACCGUGUUCGCCACCCUCCACAUGAAGAGCAUAAAGAAGGACACGUACGAACACCUCUCCUCCGUUCAGGGCCCCGGCCCGGUCAUGAUGAUGGUGUACACCGCCAGGUCUCUGGAUGGAUGGGGCACUUCUCGGAACAGUCUGGACCUGCACAUGCUGAUGCAUGAAGCCCGGGAGAUGCUGCAGCUCAGGUUCUCCCUCAACUUCUACAUGUUCCACGGCGGCACCAACUUCGGCUUCAUGGGCGGGGCCGCGUUCCGCGGCCAUCGCCUCCCUAUGGUCACCAGCUACGACUAUGGGGCGCUGCUGACAGAGGAUGGAGACUAUACACCCGAGUAUCUCGUAUUCCAAAAGCUUUUUCACUCUGAUGCAGAGGUUCCCAGCUUCCAGCAGCGAGGCUGCAAGCCUAAGGACACAUACGCUCCCCUGGCCGCAGGUCACUUCAUAUCCCUGUGGGACACCCUGAUUCACCAGGAUGACCAGCCCGUGAGGUCCAUGGGGCCGCUCUCCAUGGAACAGCUGUCCGUGAACCAAGGGAACGGCCAGUCUGCUGGGUACAUACUUUAUGAGACCGUCGUCACCGGAGGAGGCGUCCUAAACUCGGAUGGCCAUGUGAAGGAUCGGGGCCAGGUGUUUCUAGAUGACAAGUAUAUAGGAGUCCUGGAUGACACGCAUCAAAGGCUGAUUCUUCACAAUGACCAUUACAAGGAGUUCCUGACGCUGAGGAUCCUGGUGGAGAACCAAGGACGGCUUGCCUCCGGGACCAGCAUGAACCAGGAGAGGAAAGGUCUUACUGGGAACAUCUAUCUAAACAGUUCUCCACUGAGAAAAUUUAAAAUCUACAGCCUGGAGAUGCAGAAUAAAUUCAUACAGAGGAAACUUCCCAACAUCUGGAAGCCCAGCUUUCUCCACGCUGAGGGCCCUGCAUUCUUCCUUGCCCUCCUGAGAGUCGGCAGUCAACCCAAGGACACCUUCAUGAGCCUGCGGGGCUGGACGAAAGGAGUGGUCUUCAUCAACGGACAGAACCUGGGACGCUACUGGAACCUCGGGCCCCAGGAAACGCUUUACCUCCCGGGACCCUGGCUCAAGCCCGGGUUAAACGAGAUCAUCGUGUUUGAGGAGUUCAAGUCUACCCUGCUGAUCUACUUCAGCAACGUCUCCCAGCUGGGGUACUGAGACUGACGUUAACCGGGCCGUGGCUGAGCUGAGCCGUCUCAGAGCCCUGAGCGCCUGCCAGUCCCCAAGGCCCGCCCAGUGGCCGGGACCACUCUAGAGACUCUGUGAGGCCUGAUCCUGCCUGGUCUGCAGUCUGCUUCCCCACCAACCGGCCCGUUCCUCCUUUGGCAUAAGUCAGCUUCCCUGUUAGCGGAGCACAAUAAACACAGCAAACUGAC